CCGGAAGUUGCUCUGCUGGUUGGCAAAGGCUGUUUACACAUUGGUUGGCUGCGUUCACUUUAUUUUUCCGGGUUGCAGUGCCUGUGCGUGUUACUAUGGCGGACGAGCUGGAACAGAAAGCAGUUGAAGAGCUUCUUAAAGAAGCACAGCGUGGAAAAGAUCGUGCUGAGACUAUGGGACCGAUGGGCUGGAUGAAGUGUCCUAUAGCCAGCGCCAACAAACGUUUUCUGAUCAACACCAUUAAGAACACCCUGCCGUCAGACAAGGAGAAGCGCAGCAGGAGAGCACACAACGAGAAGGAUAGCAGGGAUCACAGCCAGGAAAGGAGGUAUUCAAGAAAGCACAGUUCACAUCCCUAUAAGAGGAGCGAGGAGUCCAGAAAGGAAAAAAGCAGAUCUCCACCUUCAAGCAAGAGCACAAAACAUUCACACUCCAAGGGUGACCAUCAGAGGAGAUAGCCAUAAAGACUUUUAAGCAAUAAGGCUGUAACUGUUACUUUAGUCAUUUGCAAUAAACAGGGUGUUCAGAUCUGGUUCUCAAGACUGAUGAUGACUGUUAAAGGAGCAAUAUUUUAAUACAAUACUAAUACAAUAGGAACAAUAUUUUCCUAUGGAAAUGUAAAGUGAAACUUCACCCAAAAAUAAUUUAACAUGGAUUUGGGAGAGUCUAAAUUAUUAUUUGUUUGUUUUUGUGUUAUUUUAGCCUUGUCUCUCUCCUUUGCAAAAUAUGAUUUAAAGGCUUUGAACCUGUGAAACAUUUCGAAAACGUUUCUAUGAAAAAUGGCCUAAAAACACAUCUUAUUAUAUAAUGCAAUUGUAAUAAAAUAGUUUUCAUCAUCAGUUAAACUGGGAAAAAUAUACAUAU